AUGGCUACGGAGGCACUGAAAAGUAACAACAAUUUGUUUGAAGUUCUGAAAGAAAUAAAAGAUCAAAACGCAAAAAUUGCGCAACAAAACAGUUCCAUCCAGUCGGACAUAACUGAAAUAAAAUCAGAAUUAGAGAAACAAAACAUUAGCGUCUUAGAACUUCAACAAAAAAUAACAGUUCUGGAAACUGAAAACGCUACAUUAAAAGAAAAACUUGAACGAAUCGAACAAGAGGGAAAGAAGAAUAAUAUCAUACUAUUUGGUUUACAAGAAGAAGAAAACGACCAACAGAACUUGAGAAAAAAUAUAAUUAAAUUCUGCGUAGACCGACUGGAGGUCAGCAUUGCCGAAGAAGAUUUAAACGACGUUUACCGUCUCGGAAAGCCAAACUCGAGAUCUAGAGGAGUUUUAAUCAAGCUUGUACGAGCUCAUAUCAAGCAGGAAAUUUUGAAAAACGCACGAAAAUUAAAGAAUACGGGCUUUUCAUUGACAAACGAUUUGAUACCAGAGUUGAGACAACAGCAAAAAAUAUUAGUAAAACACCUAAAGGAAGCAAAAUCAAAAAACUACAGUGCAAAAAUAGUUAAAAACAAACUAGUUGUAAAUGGUGAGGAGUACACUAUUGAGCAAUUAGAGAACUCCAGCCAAAGCGGUGAAAAACCACAGCCUAAACUAAACCAAACGCUCAGACCCACAAGUGAACCAACUUCUCCAGAGGUUUUUGAAUUUCCAGAAGAAAUUAUAAAUGUUCCACAACAACCGCCAUUUGCAGGAACCAGGAAUAGAACUAACUCUAUCAAAAAUAAACAGUCAGAAUUACCAAAGCUUCCGCCCUAA